UAUUCUCUGAUUGCAUUACUAUUUUGUCACUUUGAAAUUUCUGUUUACUAUACUGUGAAUAUUACUCAGCCACAGGUUUAACCUGAUAAGAAAAAUAUAUUUACUGUCAUAAUAUAAGCAUCUCAUUAAGUGCAAUUGAUUUAUAAUGGAUGGCGAAAGCUCAGUUCGAGUUGGAUUCAUUGAGAAAAGAUCUAUCGGAGAAAGAAGAGUUGCUGAUCCAUUCGGGGAGAGCCGUUGAACUUUUACAACUUGAACAUCAAGAUAAGAUUGAACAAAUAAGAACAGAACUAGAGAGAGAAAAAUCAUACUUGCAAGAUCAUAUUGACAAUUUGCAAAAGGCUCUCCGAGAAAAAGACAGAAGACUUAGUACACUGGACUCAAACCCAUCUCUACAUACAAUCGCGUUCGGCUGUGAUCGAGAGUCGAUAGAGCAAAAAGAACAAGCUUCUUUAAGAAAUGAGUUGAGUAACAUCACUAAAAAAUAUGUCAAACUGGAAGAAGAUAUGGAUGCUGUGAGAGAAGACUACAUGAGACUUGAAGAGAGGCUUGACAGUUCAAAUAGAGAGAAUGUUACUCUAAAAGCCCAAGUGAGGGCUUUGGAGACUGAGCUCGAGAAGCGCCAAGCUCACCUUAAGCAGGCAUACUUGGACUUGGGACGGACAAAUGGGUCGACAUCCACCCUGGAAGACUCACAACAGGUGAGAGUUGAAUGAGAAAGAAGAGUUUAGUGAUGGUCGCUUAGACAUUUAUGUAGAACUCAGUUAUUUUUAUGUAAUACAGUUUUAUUCUAUAUACAUAGGUACUGUUUACUGUACCAGCGAGGCAGCUAUGCUAAGCUUGUUAUUGAAUUCAAAUGAAUUAGGUUAAUUGUUAUCAUAUUGUUUUUACUCCAUUUAACAUACUGUACAACAUACAGUAUUUAAACUCUUCAGAGUCAUUUUUCAAGUGCAAACGUAAAUCUGAGUGAUUUUUCCCAACUUCUACAGCUUAAAGGUUCUAGAAAUGAUUAAUUUUGUUUUUUCAAUGCAACCUCCUUAAUCCUUUUAUAGUAGCCUACCUGGGUCUGGGUCAAUGGAGCCAAUAAUUACAAUUUACAAAUCGUUAUGUUUCCAUAUCUACUACAAAAGUAAUUUUUGCACAAAAUAUUUUAGCUUUUAUAGUAGCCUAAUUUAUUUUUUAUUCUUUUGGCCAAAGUUUGACGCCCUAUCAAUUCUGCCAUCCUAGGCUAUAACCCAUUUAGAUCAUAUGCAAAUCAAGGCCAGCAUUUAGUCAAGUCUAAUCUUGAGAAGAUCUAUUUACAAAAAAUACGAGAGAAAAUUUAAUAUUCUCCAGAAAUUUUGUAAAAUACAAUGUUUUUUCAGCAAAAGCAUAUUUUGAGAAUUUUUCUUAAAGACAAAAACAUUAUACAAUAACUUCCAUCUCCACCACCAUCAAAUCAACUCAGAGGACUUCGGACAUAGGCAAGAGGUGUCAAGCUAUAAGUAUAAACUCGAUUUUUAUAUUUGCGCUCAGACUACUUCAUGGA